AUGGAUCCAUCUGCCACUGCUUCUGGCAAUCAACCUGCCAAUCCAACGGCCACCCAGAGACCAGCUGCCAGCUCGAACAAUGAUCCUUUACGAGCAGAACCAACACAGUUUGGCCAAGCCUAUUCCGAGAGAAAUCCCGCUCCCAACAUCCAGAAUUUCCGCGAACAAGAACAAAAACGACAAGAAGCAUCUCGACGAUACUUUGAAGAAACCGAGAACCAACCAAAACCGGAUGACAAGAAGGAGAAAGAGGAGGCAGAUGCAGAAGAUGCGCCCAAAGCUGGAGAGACAGACGAUGUACCGAUUGGAGCAGAGAAAUCCAAUGUCCUCUUCCAUCCAACCCCAGAGGUCAAUUUCGAUCGAGUCUUCGAUACAGUGCAUAAGGAUCUGCGGAGGGUAUCCUAUAUUAUCUUUGGAUCUAUCAUGAUCUUGGACUGGCUUUUCAUCGGAGGCGGAUUCAAGGGGCUGCUAAAAUCAUUGUUCCCAGCAGUAGGAGUUUCAGGAACUGUUUUCCUCAUUCUCGCAGCGGUCUCGAAGCAAGCGGUAGACAGGAAACUCGACCAGAAUGAACCAGAAACGGAGAAAUUGAAAUACGUCCCCGAGUCGGUCGAGUGGAUGAACAGCCUGGUGGAAACAUUGUGGGCAACGCUGCAGCAAGAAUUCUUUGAUAAUAUCGCUUCCCAGAUCAACGACAUGAUCAAACCCUACAUUCCAGAAGGCGUGCCCGCGACAGUCAAGAUCACAGGACUCAGCCAUGGGUGCCAUUCUGUUAGAGUCCUCUCCAUGCGGUCGCUUCCUGAUUCUGAAUUCGGCGAUAUGGUGCCUACCCACGGCAUCGAUAAGUCGGGCUCAAUUGAUCAAGCCAAGGAACGAGAAAAGGCGGUGGAGAGAGAAGAAGGUGGUGUGUUUUACAACCUCGAGAUCGCUGUCGCUUACCACGAAGCCCCUUUCCGGCCUCGAAAAGACCACAUGCAUGUCGAUAUUUUGGCGAUGCUCGGACCAGUCCCCCUCCCAAUCUUUGUGCAGGUGAAAGAAUUCGUUGCCAUUAUCCGGAUUCGACUUCAAAUGCACCCAGAUUUACCCUUUCUCAAGAACGUCACAUUUGCAUUGACUGAAAAUCCCAAGAUAAACGCAUGUGUAUCGCUGGGAGCACCAUGGGCUUUGGAUCUUCUCAACUUACCCAUCAUCGACAGCGUUCUUGUCUCUCAAAUCGAUGCAGCAGCGGCUGAUUUCGUUCAACCCAAGUCGAUGAGUCUUGACAUGACAGUCUAUGUUGGCGGCUCCGACCAGAAGGAAGACACUGAGGCAAUUGGUGUCCUCCUUGUCAAGAUCCAUCGAGCUCGAUCUCUGGCUCGCCAAGAUACACGAGGACCUGGUGCUGAUCCAUACUUGACGAUUGCCUUCAGUAAGUAUGAGAAGCCCAUGUAUGCUACUCGCAUUAUCAAGGGGGACCGAAAUCCGGUCUGGGAAGAGUCUGCCAUUAUCAUGAUUCGCUCAGAGCACGUCAAGCGUCAAGAGAAUGUUCUCCUACGAUUAUGGGACUCUGACACAACUGGCUCCGAUGAUGUUUCAGGUGUAUGCGAAUUUCCUUUGCAAGAACUCAUUCUGAAGGCAAACCAAAUGCAAAAGAGAGAAGACAAACUGCAGGGUGAUGUUUCUGGUACGGAUGCUGAAGGCGUUCUUGAAUGGGAGAUUGGCUAUUUUCCUCGGGCAGAGUAUGAGAAAGCAUUGAGAACAGACGCCAUGGAUCCCCGAGAUCACCACGGAGAGAAGCAAGAAGUUGCAGAGGAGGAAAAGACGCAGAACGCCCAGAAUACCGUCCCGGAUCCAAACUUGCCAUCGGGAAUCCUAGGGUUGACCAUCCACCAAUGCAUCAACGUUCAAGUCGACAAUCCCAACAAGAAAUCGAUGGGACACAUCAAGGUGCGGGGCCAGGACUCUGAUGGUGAAGAUAACGACGAAGAUGAGACUAUCAAUGUUGAUUAUAUCCCAUCGUUGUAUGUCACAGCAGACAUCAACGAUAAGCUGGCAUACAGGACACGGGUGAAGAACAUUCAUGCUGCCCCCACAUUCAAUUCGAGUACUGAGACAUACGUACGAGACUGGAGAUUGGCUACUCUAACGCUUUCCGUUUGGGACACAAGGAAGAAAACCCGUGAUUGCCUAGUGGGCGUAGUCGGUCUGAAGAUGUCAGACAUUUUCCACGAAUCAUCCUCUGUGGUCAAGUUCUACGAUCUCAAAGGUGGAGCAGGAACAGGUCGCAUCCGAGUGAGCAUGAUCUUUCGAUCAAUGAGGAUGAAGCUUGAGGAGUCAUUGUUGGGUUACGACAUAGGGUCGUUUGCUGUCUCAUCACCCAUCACUGCCACUGGAGAAAUGCAUACCAGCAAGCUGAAGGUGCGAACCUCGGCAGUGCAGCGGUCUCUGAAGAACGGAUCAAAGUCCGAUGACAUGGUCUCUUACACUUUGGAGAAGGACCAAGAGCUUCUCCCAGUACAUUACCGAUAUAUGAGUCCUCUUGUCUUCGAGUUCUCAGGAGCCGCGGCCCAGGUUCCUGGUCCUCUUGGUAGCAAAAAGCACUUCGCUGUGCUUUGGCUCUACAAACUGAUCGACAACAAAGAAGAAACCUUCACCCUCCCAAUUUACAAGACAAACAACCCGGAUCGAUUCACGCAGAAUGUGGUUAAUGAAUCAGACGACACGAUGAAGCUAGAGAAGGUUGGAGAGGUGACGUUUAGUGGCAAAUUCAAGGCUGGAUUGGAUGAAUCACAUGAGGAAGCCUUACGAGAUCACAAUCAUUGGAGUACUUUCCAAUCCUGGGCGGCCGCAAGGAAGAGUGGGCAACGGGAUAUUCAAGCGAACAGGACGACGAGCGAGCAAGUGGAUAAACUGGCGCAAGGCAUUAAGAAGAGCCAGUCGAUACAUGUGUGA